AUGUUGUCGCUUACAGACCGAGAUGCUUUGGAGCCCACGUCGAAUACGACACCAACACAAGAUACCUACGACGUAACCGCCGCCCAGACGGCGCCUGCGUCCGCGUCCGCUACCGUCGACGCAGCCACAGAGUCGCCGCACGCGCAGUCAACGACGCAGGCUACGGAACGCGGGGACGAAGAGCUGGAUCCCGAUAUUUUAGAUAUUCUCGGAACAGAUCCGGCCGCUAUACAAAAAUACGGACCCGAUAUUAAUAAAGAUCUAGCUCAUCGUCUAUGUCAUAUAGCGACCACAGGUUUAGAUAAGGAGACCAGAAAGACUCUUAUAGAAAAAUAUCUCGUUCCGGCAAACUGCUCACAAGUAGGCGCUCCUCAACUCAACGCGGAGAUUAAAGCCGCGGUUCCCGAUACCGUCCUAAAGAGAGACAAAGCCAUGGAGGUUCGGCAGAACGAAAUAGCCACCGCUAUUUCAUGCCUGAGUCAAACUAUAUCGACUCUUCUUAAGGACAAAGACAAAUAUCACGAGUUAUUAAAACAGCUCAUGGAUACAGCUCGUAUUUUGUGCGACAUACAAUACAGUGAAUCCGUAUCGAGAAAAAAUUUCGCGCUUUAUUCAUUAAAAAAAGACAUGAAAGAACAGUUGUCUAGCGCCAAGAUAGACAACUUUCUAUUCGGUGAAGACCUAGCUGGGACUCUUCGAACCGCGAAAGCAGUUACAAAAUCCAGCUGCGACCUAAAGAUUGAUGCACCCAAGAAGAAACCUGUCAAUCCAAACAUGUCUAGACAUUUAAACUGGAAGUCGGGACCCGGGAACCGCAGGGCGGCGCCGGGCCCCUCUCGCCGCCCCCUGCCGCCGCCGCCGCCGCCGUCGGCCGACAGCAGCAGACAGCGGCCUGUCAGCUCGUCGCGCACCUCAUCGCAUCGAAACAAGCAGACACGCAGACGCUGA